CUUGGUGACCUUGGCGUCGUAGAAAAUCCGUCUGAGGGGGGAUACAGUGCUGUUUGGGAUUAUCAGCUGCGUGGAAGUGUUUGUGAUGUCUAUGAAAUCUCAUCCAAGAAUGUGAAGUGCAGUAGGCUGAAUUAUUGAGACUCAUUAGCGGUGUUUUGGUACCGGAACUCGGUCCCUGGCUGCCCAGUAUUUGGUCGGAAGCGACUGAUAAUUGAAACUGCAGCGCAGUAACCGUCGAGGAAGGCUCACGGAGCUUUGUUAUUCUCAAUACAUUUUAUUGACAGUAUACCCACUCAUCAGCAAUCAUAGGUACCAGGACGCCUACAAAUUUAGAGGGCCCUGCCAGUGAGGGGGAAAUGGCGGAGACAGUUCAAUCAAAACGAGCUAAUUUCUCUGCCAUAAAUGUGGGUGGAAAUGGCAUCAGUGCUGUGGCAGGACAAGCUGCUGCAGCUAAGACUGGGUCGGCUAAGAAACUGGUCAUCAAAAAUUUGAGAGAGCGGCCAAAGCUGCCCGACAAUUACCAGGAGGUCACCUGGAGCAAGCUGAAGGAGGCUGUGCUGGCCAUCCAGCAGUCCCGGUCCAUCGCUUACAGUCUGGAAGAGCUCUACCAAGCUGUUGAGAACAUGUGCAACCACAAGAUGGCUGCCCAGCUGUAUGCCAACCUGAAAGCGCUGACGGAGGCGCACGUGAAGCUGCAGGUGCUGAACUUCCUCGGUGACGAGACGGCAGACCGCGACCUCUUCUUACGCGAAAUGAACGAGUGCUGGCAGAGCCACUGUCGACAGAUGAUCAUGGUGCGCAGUAUCUUCCUCUACCUGGACCGCACCUAUGUGCUGCAGAGUCCGUCCAUACUCAGCAUCUGGGACAUGGGUCUGGACAUCUUCCGCACGCACGUGAUCACGGACGAGCUGGUGCAAAGCCGGACGGUCUCGGGCCUGCUGGCGCUGAUCGAGCGCGAACGCGCCGGCGAGGCCGUCGACCGCAUCUUGCUCAAGUCGCUGCUGCGCAUGCUCUGCGACCUGCAGAUCUAUCAGGCGGCCUUCGAGGACAGGUUCCUGCAGGCCACCGAUCGGCUGUACGCGGCCGAGGGUCAGCGCCUGCUGCAGGAGCGAGACGUGCCCCAGUACCUGGUGCACGUGGACCGACGUCUGCAGGAGGAGCACGAGCGGCUCCUCUACUACCUGGACGCCUCCACGCGGCGCAUGCUCAUCUACUCGGUGGAGAAGCAGCUGAUCAGCGAGCACCUGGUGACCAUGCUGCAGAAGGGGCUGGACCAGCUGCUGGAGCAGGGCCGGCUGCAGGAGCUGCGCCUCCUCUACAGCCUCGUGUCGCGAGUCAAGAACGGCCUGCUCGAGCUCGGCGCCGGCAUGAGCACCUUUGUCAAGAAGCGUGGCAGGACGAUCGUGGUGGACGAGGAGAAGGACCGCACCAUGGUGCAGGAGCUGCUCGAGUUCAAGGACCACAUGGACAACAUCAUGUCGCAGUGUUUCCAAAACAAUGACAAGUUCCUGCAGCUGCUGCGAGACGCCUUCGAGAACUUCAUCAACCAGCGGCAGAACAAGCCGGCGGAGAUGAUAGCUAAAUAUAUCGACAACAAGCUGCGGUCCGGAAACAAGGAGGCGACGGAGGAAGAACUGGAGCGGCUCAUGGACAAGAUCAUGGUCCUCUUCAGGUUCAUCCACGGCAAAGAUGUCUUCGAGGCCUUCUACAAAAAGGAUCUGGCCAAGCGUCUGCUGCUAGGGAAGUCGGCGAGCGUCGACGCCGAGAAGUCGAUGCUCAGCAAGCUGAAGCAGGAGUGCGGCGCCGGCUUCACGUCCAAGCUGGAGGGCAUGUUCAAGGACAUGGAACUCAGCAAAGAUAUCAUGCUCGCUUUCAAACAGCACCAGGCGAACGCGCGCGAGGCGCCGUCGCUUGACCUCAACGUCAACAUCCUGACGAUGGGCUACUGGCCGACCUACCCGCCGGUGGAGGUGCACCUGCAGCCCGACAUGGUGCCCCUGCAGGACCUGUUCAACAAGUUCUACCUGUCCAAGCACAGCGGUCGCAAACUGCAGUGGCAGCCCUCGCUCGGCCACUGCCUGCUGCGGGGCAACUUCCGCUGCGGCUACAAGGAGCUGCACGUGUCACUGUAUCAGGCGCUGGUGCUGCUGCUCUUCAACGACCGGCCAGAGCUGACCGUGGAGGAGCUGCAGACGGCCACCAACAUCGAGCCGGACGAGCUGCGCCGCACCGUGCAGUCGCUGGCCUGCGGCAAAGCCCGCGUCAUUCAGAAGCUGCCGCGCGGCAAGGAGGUCAACCCGGGCGACAAGUUCGUCUUCAACAGGGACUUCACGCACCAGCUCUACAGAAUCAAGAUUAAUCAGAUUCAGCUGAAGGAGACGAUAGAGGAGCAGAAGGACACCGAGGAGCGCGUGUUCCAGGACCGGCAGUACCAGAUCGACGCCGCCAUCGUGCGCGUCAUGAAGAUGCGGAAAUCGCUGUCGCACAGUCUGCUCAUAUCGGAGUUGUACCACCAGCUCAAGUCCCAGUUCCAAGUCAAGCCGACCGACCUGAAGAAGCGGAUCGAGUCGCUGAUCGACCGCGACUACAUGGAGCGGGACAAGGACAGUCCCAACACAUACAACUACGUGGCGUGAGCGGCCCGACCGGCCCCCAGUAUGGCGCCCGGCCGGGGCUGGGGCGGUCUGUGGCCUCGGACCGCCGAGUGGGCGUCUGCGUGUUCGUGUACAUACAGGUGCAGGUAGCACAGUGCCUGCUACGUUGCUCUUUCCGUGCGUUUAUGAAGCAAAUAUAGAUGGAACAGG